ACAAUUGCGCGGAAAUUCAGGGGAAAAAUAAUUUGCCAUAAAUAAAAGCGAGGCGCGCCGCCUCAAUGUGUAAUGUGUUUUGUGUUUAGCUAAUUAGCGUACAUCGUACGUACAGUAGUUGAUAGUUAUAUUAAGUGCAAUAAUAACAUAGAAACAGUGCAAAAGUAGACGAAAGACGACAGAAAAACGACUCACAAAUAGACACUCAGCCACACAGCGCUGCCACCUGUGUGUGUGCGUGUGCAUAUUCGUGUGAGCAUUUUUCGUGUGUAUAAGGAAAACGAGUGCAAUUGAUUUUUGUUCAAGAGUCGAACUCGGAAUCCGAGUCCGAGACCGACGCCAACCCACUCAAAACAAACGGCGGGAAGAAGAAGGAGAAUGUCGUCGGGGGUGGAGGGUGCCGCAGGUGGGGGUUCAGCGAAUGGCGGCAGCGCUGGCGGUGACAAUGGCGGAAAUGGCAGCACCACUGCAUCUGGUGGUAACGGUGGCUCGAAUAAAACGCAUUUGCCACUCACGCCGCGUUUCACUCCCGAGGAGAAGGAGGUUCUGUAUACGCUCUUUCAUCUCCAUGAGGAUGUUAUCGACAUUAAGCACCGGAAGAAGCAACGCAACAAGUACUCCGUCCGAGAGACCUGGGACAAGAUCGUGCGCGACUUUAACUCUCAUCCGCAUGUCAGUGCCUUGCGCAACAUCAAGCAGAUCCAGAAAUUUUGGCUAAACUCGAGGCUCCGCAAACAGUAUCCGUAUCGUGAGAGCUCCUCCGCAUAUACCGGUGCCGGCGGCGGUGGUGGUGGUGGUGGUGUUGGUGGUGGCGGUGGCAGGGCCAAACAGCAACGCACCGUCUCCGUCAAGGUGGAACCCGAUUUCGUCAUCAGCCCCGAUGAAUCGGAGCCCAAUCCCCAGGGCGACACAUUCGAUGAGAUCGAAAUGGAUGCUAACGAUGUCAGCGAUGACAUCGAGGAAGAUCCCAUAGAGGUACAGCAGCAGCAGCAGCAAGCGCACGCGCAGGCCGAGGCCGAGGCACAGGCCCAAGCCCAGGCACAACAGCAACAGACGGCAGCCGUAGAGAUGCAAAAGAUGCAGAGUGCCGCAGUGGCGGCUGUGGCGGCUGCAAAUGCCAAUAUGCUCAAUACCCACCAGAUCAAUGUGGAUCAGAUCAGUGCCGAGAAGCUCACCCUCAACGAUUUGCUGCACUUUAAGUCGGCGCGACCACGCGAGGAGAUCAUACUGCAGAUCAAGCAUCCCUCGGAUACGACAGCCACACAAAUCCACACGAUACCCACGCAGGCGCAACAGCAUACCAUGGCCACCAUCACCGCUGGGGGCUAUAACCAGCAAAUCAUCAGCGAAAUCAAGCCCCAGCAGAUCACUCUCGCCCAGUAUCAGGCCCAGCAGCAGCAACAGGCCCAGGCGCAGGCGCAGGCCCAGGCACAGGCCCAGCAGUUGGCACAGGCUCAACAGAUGGCGGCCCAGCAGCAGCAGCUGGCGGUUGCAGUGCAUCACCAGCAACAGCAGGCGGCAGCCGUUGUCGUACAGCAGCAGCAGCAACAGCAGGCGCAACAACAGCAACAGCAGCAGCAGCAGGCGGCGGUAAAGAUGCAGCUGACUGGCGGUACGCCCACCUUUACAUUCAGCGCCAUGCCCACGGUGACGGCAGCCACGGCAGUGCCCGUGGCAACGGCAACGAUACCCAAUGCAGGCAGUCCCGUCCGCAAUGGGUCGAGUGGGGGCGGCGGGGCGGUUGGAUCGGCGGCUGGGGAUGGCUAUGAGGAGCGGAUGAACUACUUCAAGGUGCGGGAGGCAGAACUGCGGUGCAAGGAGCAGCAGCUAACAACCGAAAAGAAGCGCAUCGAGCUGAACAAGGCCCAGGAUGAGCUCAAGUAUAUGCGGGAGGUGCACCGGCUGCGCGUCGAGGAGCUCAAGAUGAAGAUCCGUAUCCUGCAGAAGGAGGAGGAGCAGCUGCGCAAGAGCAGCAGCUCAUGA